CUCUCUCUCACUUACACACACACACUCGCUCUCUGUCUCUCUCUCUCAGCAGCAGUAACUCCUGAGCUGCAGCACUUCAGAGGAACUCUUUAAAUCGGCGGCUGUGUGUUGGAGGAAGAUUUUUUUUUCUUUUUCGUCGAGUAUUAAAAACGUAUUAUUUUAUUUUUUAAUUAUGAAGGAACUCUCCCUUGACGCCUUGUUGCUGUCUUUUGCACAUUUAUGUUUCCUCUGCAGUUUUCUGGAUGGGGCUCGGGCUCAGGAGGCUGGUGAUGAUGAUGCACUCCAGCGGGGGUUGACAUGGCAACAUAAUGGGCAGAUUUUUAGCAUCCUGAGCCGCGGCUCUCAGUACCGGCCGUCCGGCAGAAGGCAGAUCGAGUCACCCAGCCGGCCUAACCCUGUGGUCGUCGUAAGCAGCGGUAAUGACACAGUCCCGGCCGCGUCCCGGGGCUCCCCUCGGGUCCCUGCAGCCAGCAGCGCUGCGCAAUUGCGCACGAUGACGCGCCAGCAGCAGCGGUCUCAGCAGCCAUCUCCCGACGGCGACGGAGACUCUGAGCCGGUCAGACGGGAGGACAUGAUGGUCGGAGAUGAUCCAUACGACCCGUACAAAGCCUCUAACUAUUAUCCCUAUUAUAACUACUACAACUCGUACCACAGACCCAGACCCAGGACUCAGCCCCGGCAUGGAUACGGCACCAGCUACCACCAGAACGGUCUCCCUGAUUUGGUUCCUGAUCCAUACUACAUCCAGCUUGCCACUUAUGUCCAGAGAGUUCCUAUGUACAACCUCCGCUGUGCUGCUGAGGAGAACUGCCUCACCUCAUCCUCCCGUUAUGCUCAGGAUUAUGAGACCAGAGUUUUGUUGAGGUUUACUCAGAGGGUGAAGAACCAGGGGACUGCAGACUUCCUGCCCAGUAAACCUCGAUAUGCCUGGGAGUGGCACAGCUGUCAUAAUCAUUUCCACAGCAUGGAUGAGUUCAGCUUGUAUGAGCUGCUGGAUUCCCACUCUCAGAGGCAAGUAGCUGAAGGUCACAAGGCAAGCUUCUGUCUAGAGGAUACUUCGUGUGACCCGGGAUACUACCGCCGCUACGCCUGCACCUCACACACUCAGGGUUUGAGUCCCGGUUGUUACGACACCUACAGCGCUGACAUUGACUGUCAGUGGAUCGACAUCACUGACGUCUCUCCUGGAAGAUACAUCCUCAAGGUGACAGUAAAUCCUAGACAGCAGGUUCCAGAGUCCAACUUUAACAACAACGUGGUUCGUUGUGACGUCCAGUACACUGGCACCGCCGCUCACGUCUCUGGAUGCUCAUUGUCAUCCUACUGAGAUGAAUUCUACAAUAAGAGCUUGAAAAGAAGAAGAAGAAGAAGAAGAAGAAGAAGAAGAAGAAGAAGAAGAGGAGGAGGAAAGCUUCAAGUUACAUGUAAUUUAAAUAAUUCAAAUAUAACCAGAUUAGAGCAACAAAGAAUUAUUAAAACUGUCAUAAAACACCUGAACCAGGUUCUUUUAGUCAAAAUGAAGCCUGAAGUCAGAGGGUGCAUGAAUUGAUUAACAAAGUUGGACUACCAAUACGUUUUUUUAAUUUUUAUUUUUUAUUACUGAGGCAAUUCAUGUCAGUAAGAAUACACUAGUACAAUUUAGAGUUUCUGGUUUGAGUUGCACCAGCUAUUUGUAUAUCCAUGACUGAGUAUGUGUGUGUUAAAUCAUUUCUAAGAUCUUAAUAACUAAUAGCUAAUCUGAAUUAGGUUGCACCAUUAAAACUUAAUAAAUAUCAAAUCUAGUAACAAUUUUAGUGAUUCAUAAAUCAGUUGCUAAACAUAUGUAUCAUCCAAUCAGAAGUAUCCUAUGUAAGUGUAAUCAGCUAUAACAACAAUUUUAGGACACCAAACAUAUUAAAGUUGCCUGCCAUUGUAAAUGUAUCAUUGAUUUAUUUGUAUACAUGGAGAUGUGUUUCAGACUUUCAGAAUUCGAUUUGAUCACUAGUAGAACCAAUUUGAGGAUAUAAUAAAUCCUCAUUAUACAUCAUCAUACAUCAGCAAGUUAACAUUGUUUUUGCCAGUUAAGCUAGUUAGGUAUGCAAAAAUUACACCAAACCAACUAAUUUAAAGGUCCAGUGUGUAGAAUUUAGUCGGAGAAACUACAGAGGCUGUGAAACUCAUAUAAAAUGCAAAAGGUCCUACGAAGAGCUAGUGUUUGUCCCUUCUGGGCUGCUGUAGAAAAGAUGGUAGACUCCAUGGAAGUGGACCCCCUCCCUCUGCAGAUAUAAAAGGCUCAUUCUAAGGUAACAUAAACGUAAUAAUUUUUAUUUUCAGGUGAUUAUACACCAAUGGAAACAAAGUUAUGAAUAUUAUAUUCCAUUUCUGUCAAUAGCUCCACUUAAAUGUUACACAAUGGACAUUUAAAACUAGUAAGAACAGCUAAUAAGAUAUGUGUGUGUUGCAAUACCUGUUUAAAUUUUGUGAUGCAUAAAUCCCCAUCUUAAAAACACUUGCUAAGCUAAGGCUAGACAAAGUUUGAACUUACAAACAAGUGGUGCAACCAGAUCCUGGUACUUUACUUGAGCAUUUUAAUCAGGAGACUUUACACUUUUCCUCCAUUACACUACAGAAACGUUCUACCUUUAACUCCAUGUUUAGCUGACAGCUAGAGUUACUGGUUACUGAUUAUAAUUUAGGCCUGCUUUGCAGAUUUAAUUGUAAACAUUUGCUGAAGGAGUCUCAUUUUGACCAGGAGGCUAUUGAAUAUCCAGUGUUCUAUUUUCCAAACAAUUACACAUAGGGCUAAAGGUCAGAGAGAGCAGGGUCAAAAGGCAAUUAGUUAAUUAUAAAGGAUUCAGCCUUUAUAUUAUAGUAGCUGUAUAGUUUUUUUUUUUUUCUAGAGGUUUACCUUCUUACCAUCAGGGGAAAGUUUUUGUGAUGCUGACAUAUGUCUUCUCAUUUAACAACUACCUGUUUUAAUUCCAACAAAACUAUUUUAUUGGAAAGACUGUUGUCGUGUUAUUUUCUGAUCAAUGGACUGACAAAACCACUUUCUCAUGAUAACAAAGUAAUACGUUUGUGAUGACAAAUAAUUACUCACAUGCAUGUUCUCUCUGGGCAUCCAUGAACUUCUGUUUUACAAUAUGUGAUUUUAAUGUUAAUUUAACGUUUUUAAUUUGACACGUUUGCACAGUGACCGUUUCUGGGCAUUUUCAGAGAAAAUUGACUACAGCAGUUUCUAUUUUAAACUUCCCGUAAGGUUUUAUUUUAUUAUUUCAUUAUUGGUGUUGUAGAGUAGAUGUUUGUUUUUUGGUGCUAAAGGUGGUUUUCACUUUGUGUCAUUUUGUGUGCCUAAACCGAAUGAAACCAAAAAUACUCACCAGGGGGAGUAAUGUGUGUGUUUCUGUUGGUGAACGCAGCACAGAGUGUGUAUACUGAGUACACAACGUGUGUGCUCGGGGUACAUGACAACCAUUAACCACACAUACCAGAAGAGCUGUGUAUAGGCAAGCUCACAUCUCAUGUUAUGAACCUGCAUUACUUCUUCAUAUCACAUUAAUAAAGUUUGCUUGAAUGUAAACAGUGUUUUGACUUAUUGCAAUUCACAUUGUACUUGCACAUACCUAUUCUUAUGAGAGUUUACAAUUUGUGUAUGCGAACCAGAUUGGAAACAAAAUAUUUGAGACCGAGCCAAUGGUAUGACUGAUAUGCUUACCCAAUUAUGUAACCUUGUGAUCAGGAUGUGGUGGUCUAUGCAGAGCAGAGGUCAAGAAUUGCUACUACAGAACAAACACCUGCA